AUGGUGUCACUACGAGACGAAUCUACCGUUUCCAACAGCUCAACGCAAAGGAACACCGACACAGGUGAUAGUCCCCCAGUGAUCGAAGCGCCACCUGCGUCACAAUCGACAAGGAAGACAACUAAGCAGAGUGCCCCGUCAGACAAAGACGUAGACACGACAACAGCAACGACUGGAUCAUUGAAAACUACGGAUGACACAGGUGCAACUGCAACAACUGGUACCAGCAGGGCAAGCGACUCGACCAACCUUUUCAAGGAUACAGACCUUGACGGUAUCUCCAGUGCAGUUGCUCCGGCGGCGCAUAAUGACCAUAGUAUGCUAUCGGCGACAGCAAUCACGACGGACAAUGGCGUGGAUAGCAGCGCGAGCACUGCCGUGACUGGAGACGCUGUGACAGGCACAUCGACAGUGGGUACCGACAGACGUGCUAACACGAACGGGUCCGCCAAUCGCUCUAGAAAUACCCCUAACACAGUAGGAAGUUCUGCUGCGACGACCCGAGAUUUACCAAGUCCAGCCAGUGCUCGGACGUCCCCCAGCACAGUUCUGACAUCUUCGUCGGUCGUGCAACCACAACAGGGAUCUUCUGUAGAUACUGCAAAUACAGAGAGCCGUACGUCGACAGAUCUUCCAGUCAGCUCUCCAUCAUCUACUGGGACAUUGACGAGCGGGAACACAGCAGCAGACACCACAAAAACGAUCAAGUCGGCGAACAACCAUUACAACUCUGGAACCACGACUGCAACACAAGGCACUGCCACUGCGUCCAGUGCUGGUAAGCAUGCAACAAGUGCCAACGGUCUGACAACAUUGCCAAGUGAGUCUACCGCGUCGGUCGGCAGUGACCAACCUAACAGUGGAUUCACCAGCAGCUCGACCCCUUCACCAGUACAAUCAUCGGAAGGCUUUUCAAGCUUUACAAAGAGCGGAGCAAAAGCGAUCUCGCCCUCUAGCUCACGUAGCUCCUCACGAUCGUCGAUUGCACUGAAACGCUGGUACGCUAGCAUUUCGCGCGAGAAUGAGACACAGCUCAUCGUAGGCACGAACAGCUCAAGCCCAAUCACAAGUGCAUUCAACCAGGUGUGCAAUGGUCAACCGGCACUGAUUACGCAGUCAAGCGCAGAAACUCCGAAUGGCGGUUGCCCGGACGAGCUGACGGCUCUAAAUGCGUCUUGCACUUGCUUGACAGGGUAUGACUCGACUACAACUUCUUGGGUCUUUAACGUCAUGACCGAGACUUGGAACUCGACAACAACCGCGACGACGCGUUCAUUGACGCAAUCGGCGUCGGACAAGCUGGCAGUCCAUACCAUCCGUCCGAUUUGGGUGCCCUCGAGCCUCGAGACGCUAACGAUCGACGGUACUGGAGAUUCGCCGGCUCAACUAACUUUCCUGGAUGAAAGCAGCAGCUUGUCAAGUACUUCGCUGAAUCUUGUGUGGUCGCAGAGCAGCAACUCCUCGAAACUCACCACACUCUCGCUCACGAACCUGGAUCUGAAUGCAAUAGCUGCGACCAAGUCCGACUUUAUCCCAGACACAGUGACGAAUCUGACGUUGCGCAACUGCAACAUCUCGACACUUCGUAGCAGCUUCACACACACGUGGAGCGGGCUUCAGUACCUCGAUCUGUCCUUAAACAACCUCCGCAGGGACUCUUUCAUCGGCGGGGCUGCUCUCAAGGAGCUCAACUUGUCACACAACGCACUCGCAGUAUUCCCGGUAAAAGCGCUCAGUUUGAGCGCUUUGGAAGCGCUUUACAUCCACGGCAAUAACAUCAAGAGCUUCAACGUGAACCAGGACGAGUUCAACCAAAUUCAAGCACUUACAGCAUUCACAGCAGACCAACCUGCAUUAAAGUCGACAUGUCAAGACGGAGCAUGGCAGUCAGCACACGGCACAGAUUUCUGCGUACUCAGUGCGUCCACAGCUGCGGUUCCCGAUUCAUCUCGAGCGGCGGGAUCGACCAGCCAAGGUGAUACCGAAGGGAUCGGAUCACUGGCUUAUUGGCUGGUAGCGGGUGCUGUCGUCGUGUUUUUCGUGCUUCUGCUGGUGGUCCGGAAGCGACGUCGCUACAACCGCGAAAGGGAUAGCGGUCCAUUCGUGUCACCUAUUGCCAUCGAGCCAACGACACCGAAGUGCGACUUGAGCAUCGCCUUUGACGAUGCACUUAACCGUGACAGCAUUUUUGAGGCUGCUGCUCCAGCACCUGUUGUCGGCGGUGGUGUGGCUAGUAUUGCUGCACAGGUUUACCCCGGAUAUGGACGGUCGCACGGCAACAGCAUCGAUAGCAAGGACACCACUGCUAUGGAUGCGGCCCUUGCGAGCAACGAAGCUUUGGCCUUGUGUCGACUGGAUUACAACGACUUACAGCUAGGUCGCUGCAUAAGUCGUGGAGGUUUUGGUCUUGUCUUUGUGGGAAGCUACCGGGGGCGUCACGUAGCAGUGAAGAAGAUCCGCAAUGAACGCGAUGUCGGCUGCAAACAAGUGGAACAGUUUGCACGGGAGAUCUCACUGCUUUCUAGCCUGAGCCAUCCUCGCAUUGUAGAGUUCAUUGGUGCUUGCUGGACGACACCAGCUGAGCUAUCAGCUGUGUCCGAACUCAUGGAGCGUGGGGACCUACGUGAUGUCACUCGACGAUUCAAGCGUCGUGGCUAUCGUCUCACCUGGAGCACGUACAAGGUCAAUAUCGCCUUGCACAUUGCUGAAGCUUUGACGUAUCUACACGGGUUGACCCCGACAGUGAUCCAUCGUGAUCUGAAAGCGAAGAACGUGAUGCUGAAUGCCGACAUGGAAGCCAAGCUAAGUGACUUCGGAGUCGCUCGUAAACAUAGUUCCAACGAUGGCAGUGAGCCCAUGACAGCGGGCAUCGGCACGUCAUUCUGGAUCGCGCCCGAGGUGCUACUUGGUCAUGACUACGACGAGCGAGCUGACAUCUAUUCGUUUGGUGUCGUGCUAUCUGAAAUCGACACGGAGGAUUACCCGUACUGGAACGCAAAACACCCACCUCAGGGCAAGGCACAGGAGAACGACAUUCUCCGUCAAGUAGCACGUGGUACCAAACGUCCGACUUUUGCCGAUGACUGCCCACCUGCAAUCUUGGACCUGGCUGCUCGUUGUCUCCGAACGGAUCCUGCAAAGCGUCCGAGCGCCCUUGAAAUCGUGCUAUAUCUGCAGCAUCUUUUGCAAUAUCGCAACUCGAGCGCACCGUGUUCGUCGAUGGUUCGCUCUUCGGAUGGCACUAAGAGAAGUACAAGUGCAGUCCCCGCUCCAGACGAUGCAAUCAUGAGUUCCGGCGACACGGAUUUAGCAGCUCCGCAAAAGACGACAACACCUUUGACAGGCACGAUGGUUGCUACUUCGAGCGAUAAUUUGUUCUGUGCAGCGAGUUCACGUCCACGAGGAGUAACGUACGAGAUGAUGCCACCUUCGCCCCAAGUGACUCACCGUAUUCACACAGAAACUACUGUCAAGGGCGGAAGGAAACUGACAACGCAGCUUGAUGCGCAGGCCAGUGCUAGCAGUAUUCCUAACCAUGUGACAACCGCUGUUUCGAGAGGAAGCAAAAGUGUCCGGUCAAGUCGAAAUUGCAUUGAUGCGAACCCCACUGGUCUCCAAGCAAGCCAUCAGGCGACACUGAAUCACUUGGCAAGCAAUGGUAGUGGAGCUCUUCAAGCGGAAAAGAGACCGUAG